GAAUACCUAUCACCAGUGCAUCAUAUUUUGCCACCAUGACGCUCGACCAAGUCAAGCAUGUAUUUCGCUCUGACACAGAAGUGCCUAUACCUCUGAUAGAAGAAAGACACCGGGUGCUGAAUGAAAGUGGAAUAGUUCUGCUAGAGAAGUUUGGAGGAUCUUUCCUCACCUGUGUUAAGAUGAGUGAGAAGAGUGCCCAGAAGCUGCUACGUCUCGUACUGGAAAAUUUUCCUUCUUAUAGAGAUGAAGCUGUAUUUGAGAAAAAGAAGGUAUCUUUCUACAAACGGGCACAAAUACUUGUGGCUGAUACAUGGAGUGUAUUGGAAGGCAAAGGAGAUGGCUGUUUUAGUGAUAUUUCUAGUCUGACAAUAUUUGCUGACUACAGAAUUCCUCAGGUUCUCGUUCACUUAAAAGCAAUGAAGUAUUCUGAAGAAUUAAUGAAGAAACUACACGAAGGAACGAUUUUCCAAUAUGGGGACAAGCAGGAGGUGGAGAUCCGUGGCUGUUCUAUUUGGUGUUGUGCAUUGAUUUGUAAGCACCUGCUGGAGCUCUAUCAGAAGAAGGGUCAGGAUAUGCGCGAAAAGAUCAAUGCAGUUUUACUGGAUUAUUAUCUUUGGGACUAUGCCAGAGAUCACAGGGAAGAGAUGAAAGAUAUUCCGUUUCACCGGGUGCGGUGUAUAUAUUACUAAGUCCACUCUGAUAGCUGUUGUAUCAUUGCGUUAUCUUU